UGGAAAAACCACAACUUUGACUAUAGUGACCUUUGUUGGCAAAGAAGUUCAGGAAGUGACCUUAUCUUUUAAGCAGUUGUGCUGAAUUCCAGGAGGCGUUUCUGCCGAUAGGGGUGGUUUGGCAGAUGCAUAAAUGCAGAUCAGGUGCACAGCGAGGAGAGAGGCAGGUAAAGGGCAGAGAAAUUUUUCGUGUUUAAAUUUCCUUGUCUUCCAUGAAGCGUGAAUUUUAUUUCACACCAUCUUCAACAAUUGGCAUGAAGGGUCACCCAUUUCUUCAAUUGGGAGGUGAAGGCGGGUCCGGGAGUGGGACGCGCAAACUCCGCUGUGCCGUGAGCCUCCCGACCGCAGGAGGCAGCAGCGAGCGAGGCGGAUACAGUGUAUCCAGGGCGGCGAUGGAUACGCUAUAACGAUCCCGGCGGGGCGGCUACAAUGUAACCGGGGCGGCGGUGGUCAGCUGUCACCGCGCGCGUCUGUGGGAUGCGAGAGGCCGGAAGGGACCCCACGGCUGUGCCACCAUGCGCUGGGGCUGGACCAUUCUGAGCCUGUUUCCUCAUCUCUGAAACUGACGAGGUGUGGUGGAAGACAUCUGUCCCUGUGCGGAGCCACUUAGCGAGGGUCCCCAGAGUGUAGGGUGCUAUGGAAUAUGACGAGAAGCUCGCCCGGUUCCGGCAGGUCCAUCUCAACCCCUUCAACAAGCAGCAGCAUGAGCAGGGGGCUGGCGAGGAGGCCCUGGACAUUACUUCUCAAGCGCGCCUGCCUGAACUGCCUCCCGGGGAGCCAGAGUCCCGCUGCCCAGGGCGUGUAAUGGAUCUUGGCCUGUCUGAGGACCACUUCGCUCGCCCCGUGGGCCUGUUCCUGGCCUCUGAUGUCCAGCAGCUGCGGCAGGCCAUCCAGGAGUGCAAGCAGGUCAUCCUGGACCUGCCAGAGCACUCGGAGAAGCAGAAGGACGCCGUGGUGAGACUCAUCCAUCUCCGGCUGAAGCUGCAGGAGCUGAAGGACCCCAAUGAGGAUGAGCCCAACAUUCGAGUCCUUCUUGAGCACCGCUUCUACAAGGAGAAGAGCAAGAGUGUGAAGCAGACAUGUGACAAGUGUAACACAGUCAUCUGGGGCCUCAUUCAGACCUGGUACACCUGCACAGGGUGUUAUUACCGCUGUCACAGCAAGUGUUUGAACCUCAUCUCCAAGCCCUGUGUGCGGUCCAAAGUCAGCCACCAGGCCGAGUAUGAGCUGAACAUCUGCCCUGAGGCAGGCCUGGACAGCCAGGAUUACCGCUGUGCUGAAUGCCGAGCACCCAUCUCUCUGCGGGGCGUGCCCAGCGAGGCCCGGCAGUGCGACUACACUGGCCAGUACUACUGCAGCCACUGCCACUGGAACGAUCUGGCUGUCAUCCCAGCGCGUGUGGUGCACAACUGGGACUUCGAGCCGCGCAAGGUGUCCCGUGGCAGCAUGCGCUACCUGGCGCUGAUGAUGUCGAGGCCAGUGCUCCGGCUCCGGGAGAUCAAUCCUCUGCUGUUCAACUAUGUGGAGGAGCUGGUAGAGAUCCGGAAGCUGCGCCAGGAUAUCUUGCUCAUGAAGCCAUAUUUUAUCACCUGCAGGGAGGCCAUGGCAGCGCGCCUGCUCCUGCAGCUCCAGGACCGGCAGCACUUUGUGGAGAACGAUGAGAUGUACUCGGUGCAGGACCUGCUGGACACGCACACGGGCCGGCUGGGCUGCUCUCUGGCUGAGACCCACACGCUGUUUGCCAAGCACAUCAAACUGGACUGUGAGCGGUGCCAGGCCAAGGGCUUUGUGUGCGAGCUCUGCCGGGAGGGAGAUGUGCUGUUCCCCUUCGACAGCCACACGUCUGUGUGCGCCGACUGCUCUGCCGUCUUCCACAGGUCUGUGGACUGCUACUACGACAAUUCCACCACGUGCCCUAGGUGUGCGCGUCUCACUCUGCGGAAGCAGUCACUCUUCCGGGAGCCUGGUCCAGACCUGGACGCCUGAGCAAUGGAAGCCCUUCUAGGCCUGUCUGUCCUGCUGGCCGUUGCCACAGUCAACAUGUUUCCUGUACUGUGGAGACCUAGGGUCUGGCCCCUGGACCCCGCCACUGCUGAGCCAGCACCACCAGGACCACUGUCCCCCGGCUCGUGUUGGGGCUUGAAGUGUCUGUUUUUUGGGUUGGCUGCUGUGAGGGCCAGGAUGUGCACCCUUCCUCCACUGCAGAGCUUUGAGGGUCAGGUGGGGGGAGCAUCCCUCACCUCCCCUUUGGUCAAGAGCCCCCCACCCUACCCUGCCCACCUUGGGAGCAAGGCUGCUGGGCCCUGGCUAUCCUGGAAAUCCUGGAAGUCUUCCAGGAGUGCCGACAAGACUGAGGAUGCAGCCUUAGCCUGACUUUUGCCUGUGGUGGAUGGUGUGGGUUCUACUUGGAGGCCCCUCCCCCAGCCCCUGGCCUCUUUGAGGUCCCCUGGUUGUCCCUGGCUGGGGCUGUAUUCAUCACUAUCUCCCAAGGGCCCUGCCCCUGCCCCCAGGUUCUCUCUCUGGGGCCUUCGCCAGUAGGACCAUUCCAGGGGCUGCUGGCUGCUGUGGAGAUCUCACCUCCUAACCGCCCCUGCCUUGGCCAAGCCCAGCUCACUCUGGUGCUUCAUGCUGGGUGGCUGAGGGGGUCCCACCCAGUGAGGAAGUGUGCUUCCAGGUAUUGGGCAAGACCAUGCCCCUGGCAGGUCAAGGUUAGGUGAGAGGGCUAGGGGACAGUAGACCUGGACCGAGUGUGCCUAUGGAGGACUCCGGAUCACUCAGAGACCCCCCAACCGGGGCCUUAUGUUUGGGGCACUGAGAUCAGGCACUGGAAAUACUUGCUCAGGGGAGCACCAGGCAGGACUCAUGAGGUGUGGGAGGUCCUGCCACCAGCGGGCAGAGGGAGCCAGGCAUGGAGGACUGACCCAGUGGGGAAGAUGCAUUUGUGGGGACCAUCCAGGGGAAGGCUGCCCUGGCCUUGCUGGCCUUCUUCUUGCCCUGGAAUGUGCUUGGCUGUUGACACCUGGGGCUGACACACACAUGUGGUGGCUGGUGGGCAGGAGGCUAUCACCUGGACAUCCAUCACCUUUGACUGGGAAGCGCAAGGAGAGGCUUGGCCAACAGGGAGGCCAGCUGAGCCAAUGUGGGGGGUGGGUAAGGACAGUGCCAACCCUCCAUGCCCCUUUGCACCCCAGGGAAGCCCUGCCCAGGGACUUUAGGCCACCCUCUGACUGUGCUGGGCUGUUCAGAAUGUCAGUGUCGGGGGCUGGUCCAGAUGGGCGGGGCCACCCUGCUUCCCAUUCUUGGGUCUAGGGGGUUAAAGGUUAAGCACCCUCUUCCUACACCUCAGAUCUGUACGUCUCACUGUGGCAUCACAUUUCUGUCCCAGGGAUCCUGGCUUCUCCCAAAUGGACUCUGUAAUCAGCAUCGUGUUAUUCCAGUUACAGUCACUCUGUCCGUAAGAAAUGUCAGUAGCCAUUUGUUGGGCAAGGUUGACUCUUUUUUUUUUUAAACUUCCUCCCACAUCACGUCUUCUCCUCCUCCCCCUUCUGGGUGACAGAUUCUUUAAAUGGAAUCAUGUGUAGGUCUUUCUGAGACCACAUCACAGAACCCAGAGGAACCAGUUAGUAUGGGCAGGCCUCCCAGGAGAGCUGUGUGGGCUGGGUGCUACAGACACAGCAGGGUUUGCUGCAGGGUUAGUCAGAGCCCACAGGCCCCUCCCACAGGGUCAGGUGUAAAUGGGGCACCUGACCUUGGCCUCAGUGUGCUGACACCUCUGUAGGCUGCACUAAAGCACACCUUCUGGGGUUGUUUGGGUUCCAGGAAGUGCUGAGCCCAGUCUGGCUCUGUAACAGAACCUAUGUCUUCUCUCCUGAGUCCUCCACUGUCAUGUUAACUCACUGUAAGCAGUGCCAGCCCAGGUCUAGCUCCCAGAAGCACCUCUGGUCUUCAAGUUUGACUCACUGAAAGGGCCCUUGGAACUCAGGAGAACCCGAGACCCCCUCCCAAAUGACAUUCAAACCUCUGUGUAUGUACAUUUCUCUCUGGAGACACGACCUCUGGUUUUGAGGAUGAUCUCAAAGAAACAUCAGCAGUGUGUGACACAAGGGGUGGGGGAAGGGUGUGUGUGGGCUGUCUGUGGGCCCACGCUGGCGCCUCCACGUCAAACAACUAAAGCCACACUUUGGUAUCAGAGGGAGCAUGCAGUCUCCACCCACCCACUUCAGGUAUGAGGAUGAGUUUUUCUUAAACUUUUAAUUUUAACAGCUGUAGGUUUGCAGAAGUGCUGCAAACACAUCCCCAGGUACCCAUCUCCUGGAUUCUGUGAAUGUUAACAUUUUCCCCAUUUUGCCUUACUCUUUCUCCACACACUUUCUUUUGAACCAUCUGGUGGAAGUUGCAGAUGGUGCCCCUUUGCCUCUAAGUGCUCCUGUGUUACCCCAGCAAGGACAUGCCUCCCACAGCUACGGCAUAGUCAUGACAUCAGGAUGCUCACAUGGAUGCCGACCAUAAAGCCUACAGCAAGUGUGUUCAGAUUGAGCCACUUGGUUGCCACGUCAUUUUAGUCUUUAAUCUGGAAGGGUUCAGGACUCUGACACAGAAAAUCACAGAUAAAUUAUUCUGAAGACUUUCCUUCAGUGAGGGUUGUUUUUUGACUGGACUCGGGCUUUGCACUUUUGGUGGGAUUUUCCACCCACCAAAGUGGUGGAUGGGUCCAAUUUGUCAUCUGUCCUACUCAAAACGCUCUGGUCCACUUGGUCCAGCUGACUGACAUCUUCCUGGCACUCUUUAGGCACUUUCUUACUUUCUAGCACAGGAAAGUGUUCCAGGCUUAGUUAGUAAUUGCCCCAGUCCCAGCCCUGACACCAGUCAUUUCUCUGAGGAGCCCUGGGAUCUUCUGGUGGAGGAUGAAUGUGAUAGUUGGGUGUGCUCACUUUUGGGCUGAUCACUGCCCAUAGGUCCUUUCAGUAGUGUGGAAAUAGUACUCCUUAUCUAUUUCUUUUCUGGUCUAUAAACAUUAAAAACCAUGAGUUCACAGUGAAACUUCCAACUUCAAAACAACACAAGUCAUUCUUUCCCUUUUUUAUGUUUAUUAUUUCCUUGCUCGACAGUGAGAAAGCUGGCUCCCUUAUCCAGAGUACCCUUAUUUGCUCAGUCCAGCAGUACACAGAAAGCACCUUUGGGACUGGUCACUUAGGCUGGUGAGAAAUAAGGCUACUCACGAGCCUUUAAUAUUUGUCUAUAGCCCAAGGGCAUACAGUCAAAAAGUACUUGCUUUUGCUUCUUCAUUGUGGGUGUGCAGUUCCUGUGAAAUACGGUUCCAUUCAGGUAGUCUACUGAUUUAUUUCCCCAUCCUUGUUUACUUUUGUUUGUGCAGUAUAUUAACAUGGUCCCCAAAGUCAGAACUUCAUAAAAGGUACAAAAGUUAUAUCUCCUCCCACCUCUGGAACCAAUCUCUUUAGUCUGAUUUCUCCCACCUUUGUUUCUUAUUGUACAAAUGACUAUGAUGUAUGCGUAUUUUCUUACUUCCCUGUCUUUCUUCCACAAAAGGUAGCAUACUCUACUCCUGAUGUUGCUUUUUUUUCUAUUAAUAAUAUAUCCUGGAAACCACUCCACAUCAGUUAAGUUCGUCCUUGUUCUAUUAUUGUAGUUAUCAUCACUUACAACUGUCUAACUCGCCAUUGUGUACAAGCACCAUUUCAUAUUUGACUUUUUACAUGAGACUCUUCAGGCUAUUUCCUAGGUUUUGAAGUUACAAACAAGGCUGCAACAAAAUCCAUGCAUCUGUAUUUUCUUUUGUUGGAAGUGUAUCCUCCUAAAAGUGGGAUUGUUAAAUCAAAAUAAAUAUAUUUUGUAUUAGUGCUUGA